AUGCAUGCAAUACGCCCCAAAACAAAAAUAUUGGGCCAAAUCGCUGCAGGACCCAUGGACCACCCGUAUGGAACGGCUUCUGUACCCGAGCGGCCGAAGCCAAUGGAACCGUACUAUGACCAAGCAAAACCCGGCCCAGUCGUGCGAGAUGCGGAUGGCACUGAUUGCGCAAUGCCAUGGACUGUAGCCAGUACUGAUGGAUGUGGCGAACAAUUGUUCAGCAGAAUAAUGGAUGCCGGGAGCGUGAAGGUUCGUGAUAAGACCUGCAAGAAUAGCACUACAACAACCGAGAUCCACACGAAAUGCCAGUGCCUUGCACUGGUGGUGGAGAUGUAG